UCUCUGCUUCUCUUUAAUAUGACAACAUUUAAUACUACUUCCAUAGUUAUAAAUGAACGCAAUCAUAAUAGCAAUAAUAAUAAUAGUAAACGAUCAAAAAGAAGAUCACUUGUAGUAAUAAAAGAGGAUAUUAUUAAUAAACCAAAAAGGAAAAGAAUUACACCUGAACAAUUUUGUUUAUUAACAGAAUCAUUUAAACAAACUGAUACACCAAAUCAUGAAUUAAGAGAAAAAUUAGCUAAAAGUUUAAACAUGACAAAUAGAGAAGUUCAGGUAUGGUUUCAAAAUCGUCGUGCUAAAAUAAAUCGUGAUCGUUUACAACAGGAAGAAAAUAUAAAGAAAAUUAAAGUUAAUUAUUGGUCAACUCCUAGUACUCCUUUAACAUCAAUUGAUAUCUUAUUAACAGCUGCUGCUUAUAUUCAAAAGUGGGAUGAAGAUGAACAAAAGAGAAAGCAAGAAGAAGUAGAAGAAAAACCAAAGAAAUAUAAAAGUUGGAGGCCAUGGCUUUAAUCAAAUAUAUAUGUAUUUAUAUAUUAUAUACCCUUUAUUAUUAACUUGAAACUAUAAAGUCUUUUUUUUAAAAAAAAAAAAAAAAAAAAAAA